AUGUCUCCCACGGCACUUUUAGGCGCAGACGAGGUAGCCCAGCACAACACGCGCGAGUCGUGCUGGGUCGUUAUUGAAGGUUGUGUCUACGAUGUGACCGAGUUUCUUGAUCGCCAUCCGGGAGGUGCGGGCAUCAUUCUUCGCUAUGCUGGCAAAGACGCAACCCAGGAAUACAAUCCAAUUCAUCCCCCCGGAACAAUCGAGAAAGAGCUACCACAGCACAAACACUUAGGAAGAAUAGACCCGUCGACGAUUCAAGUUACCACAGCCUCCUCUACCAACACACCUGACAAAGUUGAUGUGAUCCCAAUCGAAUCAUGUAUCAAUCUCAACGAUAUCGAGAUUGCCGCUAAGCGGGUUCUGCCCCGACGCGCGUGGGCGUACUUUUCGUCCGCGGCAGAGGACCUCCAUUCUCUACGUUACAAUCUCGACGACUGGAGCCGGGUAUUGUUCCGCCCGAGGAUUCUGAAGGACGUGAAACGGGUCAACAUGCAGCGUACUAUCCUUGGAUUUGAGAGCAACCUUCCGUUCUUUAUCGCGCCGGCCGCCAUGGCCCGGCUCGGUCACUCCGAUGGCGAGCUCUGUCUUGUCCGAGGCAGUGCACGCUACAACAUUCCCUACUGCUCGAGUAAUGCUUCUUCGGUGUCGCACGAGGAGCUUUCACAAUGUUUACGGCAGGAACAGCAGGAACGGCAAGGCGGAUGUCUGUUUUUCCAGCUCUACGCCAGAAGGACCAAGGAAGACACCAUUGAACAGCUCCGGCGAGCGAAAACCCUGGGGUUCAAAGCCUUGGUCAUCACGGUCGACACGCCGGUCGUGGGCAUCCGCGAAGACGACGAUAGGAACCGGAUGAGGGAAGCCGCCGAGAACAACGAGCCAUACGUCCCAAUGUGGGGGCCUCCCCCAACAGAGCAAAGCGAGGAUUAUGUGUUCCGGGGCGCUCACUCGUCCUCGUUGAACUGGGACGAUUUACAGUGGAUUAAGGAGGAAUGGGCCAACACGGGCCCGAUAUCCAUCAAAGGUAUUUUGACGGCCGAGGACGCAAAGAUCGCAUGCGACAUGGGUCUUGAGAGUAUCUACCUCAGCAAUCAUGGCGGGCGGCAGUUGGAGUCCUCGCCGUCGGCGUUGAGGACUUUGCUCGAAAUCAGACAAGUAUACCCCGAGGUACUGUCGAAAUGCGAAGUACUUCUGGACGGCGGUGUCAGGCGCUCCAGAGACAUCCUCAAAGCUCUCUGCCUCGGAGCAAGAGCAGUAGGCCUCGGUCGACCCUUUUUGUAUGGUCUGAGUGCGUACGGGACCGAGGGGGUAUACAAGGUCAUUCAAAUGUUGAGCGAGGAAUUGGAAACUUCGAUGAGACUUUUAGGGGUCACUUCGCUCGAUCAACUCUCUUCGCGGUUUGUCAACACGCGCGACUUGGACAUGUCGAUUUCCCUCGAUCUGGCGGACUUCAACCUCGCUCGCGCCAAACUGUGA